CUCAUAUUAUUCUAAAUGUUUCAGGGUGGUGGAACUACUGCUCGGCUAAUGCUUGACUUGUGGCCUUCAUUGCAACUUGAUGGCUGGGAGAUUGAUGGAAUUUUGAUCGAUAAAGCAAGAGAAUAUCUUGGGCUGUCAUAUCUUGAGAAACAUACUGUAGCUGGUGGCAUCCUUAAUGUUCAUAUCGGUGAUGCCCUUUCACAAUUAGUUAAUGUGUCUGAAGGAUAUGCUGGCAUUGUAAUUGACUUGUUUUCUGAAGGAAAAGUAUUGCCACAGUUGCAAGAGGUCAAUACUUGGUUAGAAUUGACUGAUAGAUUGAUGCCCAAGGGUCGUCUCAUGGUGAACUGCGGUGGCAUCAAUGAAGUAUCUGUUGUGACAGAUGGAGUGCCUCGUCCUGAGACUUCUUCAAUUGAUGGCCACUAAGUGCAAAAUUCUACUAUCCAGGCACUACUGAAAGCAUUUCCGGAACAAUUGAGCUGGAAGAGAAUGCCUAAAAGGGAUGGUGAAAAUUAUCUUGCACUAA